UGUGCGGCUGAGGAGGAGCUCCGUUGUUUAUUCAUACACGUCAGCCUCCUUCUUCCUUCCCUCCUCCUCGCGCCACUCGACGGGGACCCGCCGCCGACCGCUCGCUUUCACUCCCAGCGCCGUCACGUCGCCACCAUAAACCCGUUUUGGAGCCAGGAGGAGGCGAGCCGGCGCCUGGGUAGAUGUGAGCCCAAGGUAAUGGCCAGGCUGGUGGACAUAAGCACACAGACAGAUCCCGUCGUCGUGCUGUCCUUGGCUCAGGCUGCCGUGCUAGGUCUUAUCUCCCAGAAUGAAGUGUUUGGAGCUACCAUUGCACCCAAUGGAUUCUACACCGGUGAACCCAAAGAGUCCCCUGCACCCCCAGUAGACGGAGUCGAUUACGAAUACGCAGACCAACUUAUCGGCGCUAACGGAGAUUACCUUGGAGACAACUUGGGAGAAGACGGUCAGAUGCAACCUAGCUGCAGUCAGAGAAGGUGGCAGCAGGGGCCACCACAACAUGCGGAUGGGAAAAUGGUCAUCCCCGAUCGUCAUGGCCUUCAGGGCCCUGACGUGACCUCAUCCCACGUGAAGGGGGAAGUUGUGACCUCUGGAAUGCCCUCUUGUGUCCACAUGUUGAACAAUAUGGCUCCUAGAGGUGGUUUGGUUCAGGUAGAUCCAGCCUCUCUCAGAGUCCCAAACAAGAACUGUGCUGAGUGUGAGCGUGAAUCAUCCAGCCAGCAGCAAGCUAACACACAUGGACAUCCUCCUCCAGCCCAGGUGGCUCACAGAGGAGCAGAGCAGGGCCACAGAGGAAUGCAGGGUCAGCGCCCCAUGGGUCCCCACAGUAGAGGUGGUAGAGAAGAUGAAGAGGAUGUAGGACACCAGGAGAAUGCUAUGAUGAAACCAACACAGCAAGAAGAAGCCAUCAGCAGCUACUUCCAGACCAGUGAGGUGGGAAGCUAUGAUUCUUCAGAAAUGGGCAUGGGUGGAGAGUAUGAAGAUGGCAACCAGAGCAUGAUGUGGACAGACGGGAGCAGUGGGACGCAGCACCAGCAGCCCCCGCACCCUCAGCCUCCUCGUCGCCAUGGUGGCCGCAGAGUAGACCGACUUGAUAUCAACAUCCAGAUUGAUGAAUCUUACUGUGUAGAUGUGGGAGAUGGUCUAAAGCGGUGGAAGUGUCGCAUGUGUGAUAAAUCAUACACUUCCAAGUACAACCUGGUCACGCACAUCCUGGGCCACAACGGUAUCAAGCCCCAUGCCUGUCCCCACUGUGGAAAGCUCUUUAAACAGCCUAGUCACCUCCAAACCCAUCUGCUGACCCACCAAGGAACGCGGCCCCAUAAGUGUACUGUCUGCAAGAAGGGCUUCACCCAGACCAGCCACCUGAAGCGACACAUGCUCCAGCACACAGACGUCAAGCCCUACAGCUGCCGCUUCUGUCGCCGUGGCUUCGCUUAUCCGAGUGAGCUGCGAGCACACGAGGUGAAGCACGAGCGAGGGCGCUGCCAUGUCUGCUCGCAGUGCGGCAUGGAGUUCCCCACCUAUGCCCACCUGAAGCGGCACCAGACCAGCCACCAAGGCCCCCACACCUUCCAGUGCACAGAGUGCAACAAAUCCUUUGCGUAUCGUAGCCAGCUUCAGAACCACCUCCUGAAGCACCAGAGCCCGAGGCCUUACACAUGCUCCCAGUGCGGUCUGGAGUUUGUGCAGCUCCACCAUCUACGUCAGCACUCGCUAACUCAUAAGGGGAUGAAAGGCCACAAGUGUGAAGUGUGUUCCCGGGAGUUCACUCUGUCCGCCAACCUCAAGAGGCACAUGCUGAUCCACAACAGCGUCAGGCCCUUCCAGUGUCACGUCUGCUUCAAGAGCUUCAUCCAGAAGCAAACCCUCAAGACUCAUAUGAUCGUCCACCUGCCAGUGAAGCCCUUCAAAUGCAAGGUGUGUGGGAAGUCUUUCAACAGAAUGUACAACCUGCUGGGCCACAUGCACCUCCAUGCUGGUAACAAGCCCUUCAAGUGUCCUUACUGCACCAGUAAGUUCAACCUGAAGGGAAACCUCAGCCGACACAUGAAGGUUAAACAUGGAAUGGACGUCUCACCAGAAGGACAAGAAGUUCUUCCAGAAAUGGAGAGCCAGGGGGAGUACGAAGGCCAGAACUUCAGCUUUACGUCUCCAGACAAUAUGGACAACAGUGGCUCCCAAAACCUCACCAAACUCACCACAGCAAACAUGGAGGACAUGGAGGAGUAUUACAACUUUGGGAAGGAUACGAACAGCUACACUACACCAUGAGUGUUGAUGGACCAGCAAGGAUGCUUUUUUUUUUUUUUACUUUGAAGGCUUUUGGACAGUGGAAAAGUGGUUCUCUUUCAGUUUUGUCCUCCUUCCACAAGAGCUUGAUCUGACGGGACACUGAUGUGGGAGUGGGGGGGGGGAGCCGGGAAGGACGAGUACUUCAGAGGAGACGUUUCAACUCUGUUUUCUUUAGAGGAGACACUGAAAGUGUGGUUUGACACUCCUGUUACAGAACUAGACUUAACAGACUCAAAGACUCACAGAUGGACGGUCACAUCUGUACGUUGUAUGUAUCAGUUGCUUGGAGGGGAAAAAAAGAUCUGGAGCCAUGGGUUACAUUUGAUGUAAUAGAAGUUCAUCAUCUGUCAUCUUUGUUCAUUCCCAGCCAAUCACACCCUUAGAUUUUUAACUAAAAGUGCCAGCUAGAAUUAUUAUUUUUAUUGCAAUUAAUCUUUCACUGUGUUGGCUCACUGUAUACUGAUAAAAGU